UCAAGAAACAAGUGAGAGAUAAGCUCCCAACACAGAUCGAUCCACCCAAGCAUCCAUGGACCUCGACAAUGGCAUGGAGAUGGAGAUGGAGAAGCCUUCUCCUCUUCACCGGAGCCUCUCCACCGUCACCUACGGCUGCGGCAGGUGCGGCUACGACCUGAAGCUGAGCUCGCUGGCGCGGGACACGGCGGGCAUGGUCGGCGCCGGCGCGAGUACGGGGUGCGGGCGGGGCGGCGGGGCAGCUAUGGUGGUGUUCGACGCCAUCGACGACGCGCGGUUCGGGCACCUGGACGAGUUCCGGUGCCUCGACGUGCGCGCGCGGCGCCUCUUCGCGCGCCGGACGCGGCUGCUCUGCCGCAAGUGCGGCUCCCACGUCGGCUUCGGCUACGACGACAACACCGCCGCCACCAGGCCGCCGCGGUACCACAUCAAGAUCCGGGCCCUGCACCCCGCCUCCCAGGACGACGAGGCCGCCGACGCGACGCCGGUGCAUGCGUGACGAUCUGAUGCCGAAUUCUUGUGCAGCUAUAGCUUCUGUCUUUUCUCUCUUCCAUUUUCAUUUUUUUUUCUUGAUGCGUUCGCGAGUCGCUGCCGCUGCUGUCGUUUUCGCUCCUCAAAGUCGCUCGCUUGAAUCUCAAGAAAAUGCACAGACUGAUUGAUUGCAAAUUUGGAAUCUUUUUUUUUUC